AUGACGGCACCACCCGUCAACUAUGCCCCCACAUCGGACGCCAUGGACCGCCACGAAUAUGGUGUCACGAAGAACCGAAAGGCGACUUCAACCGGGGGUGGGCGAGCGUGGAGCGAGGAUGAGGAAGUUUAUUUGCUCCAGACUCGCUUGCAGAAGAUGCCUUACAAGCACAUCGCCGCACACUUGAAGAAGACUGAGCUCGCCUGCCGGCUACACUACCACCAGCUCAGCCACGGGAGCAACCGUCGGAAGCGCACAACUUCGAUUUCGUCUGGGUCUUCGACUGGUGGGCGAUCGCCAACGAUGCAGCCGUCGAUUCCCUCGCCGAUUCACGAGCACGACAGCGCCUCAAGUCGAUCUGCCUCCCCCCCUGGGUCUGUGAUGUCGUUUGGACCUACAAGCCCCAACGGCAUCCAGCUUCCCAGCAUCAUGUCGGCGACGGGCCAAAGCAAUAAUACCUCCCCCCGCCUGCCAACUAUACUGCCGAAGCCGGUUUCGAUGACGCUGGCUCUUGCCUCGAUAGGGGCUACAGGCGUCAAUGGAGUUGCUUCCCCAACUGCGUCUCGCGGCUACCCAACCCCUCUCCAUGAAACGCACCCUCCUCACAGCGCCCCCCUGAUGCCCCCUUCGGGAUUCCGCGGGGCCAUGACACCCACCAGCGCGGCUGCACCGGGUUCAUCGCGUAACUCCAACGGUGCCCCGUCCCAUCAUCUGCCUGGUCCUCUCCGCCUCGACUGCUCUGCUCUCCCGCCUCCGCUGCCUUCGGCCGGGCUGCCGGCACCGGCCUUCUCCACAUCACACCCCGUCGAUAUGGGGAGGCUCGCUGCCGUCUACAAUGCGCACCGGGCGUCGUUUUGGUCCGCCAUCGCGGCCGACUAUGGUGGGGGUGCCAACCCCGUGGUGCUAGAGCAGGCAUGGCGUGGUAAUGUGACGAGCAAUGGGGCCACCUCAAACAACAUGGGAAUCGCAGCGCAGACACCAAUCACUCCCGUCGGGAGCCCUGACGACCACAUGUACAGCGCACAAAACAAGCCAGACAAGACGAGGAUCAGCGCCAUCUUAGGCAUUGACGCAAACCCGAGGAGUCCGAGGGAGAGGGAAAUGGUGAGGAGGAUCGAGGAAGAGAGGUGCUCAGUUGGUAUGGUCGGGGCUUGA